GGCCGAGAAGGUCGCACGGCACUACGUAUUUCGGUAAAAAGCGCACCGGCGAAGGCCGACGAAGGUGCUUUCUCGAGGUGGCCAUCGGGGAGUCGUCGUCCACCGCCGGUGAAACUCGCCCGGACUAUUUAUAAAGCGUGCUGCGAGCGGAGUCCUCCUCCUCGUGGCAACGCGCGCGCCGCGGCCGCGUGCGGCCCGCCCGACGCCGCCUUAGCCGCCUAGCCGCCGCCGCCGCUUGCCUAUCAUGGUCGGACCGCGUGCAAACCAAACUGACCGGAACAUCUCUCCUCCGUCUCGUCGUCCGCUUUCUUCACCCUCCCGACGCUUUUACUCUGUUCCAUUUCUUUAAUUGCGGAGAACGACCGACAUUGUUCCGGCACCGUACGCCGGGAACCACGCGCGGCUUUCUACGCGGCCAACUUACCUCGGCGCCCAGUCGAAGCAGAGGAUCAAAAUGUCGGAGACGGAAGAUAUUCGAGGCGUGGUGGAGGGCAAUGAUUUCCACAGCAUCAUCGAGGAGGAGAGCGGCAGAUCUAGUUCCGCGGACUAUUUAGACACGUACGAGGACGUCCACAAGGGGAUCAAGGAGUUGUCCGAGGAAAGCAACGGCGACGACUUCAGGGAGGACAGAGAGACGUUCGUUGAGGCGGUGAGGAGACCGCUGGAGACGGAGAGGAAGGAGAUCAUACAACCAGCGCGUGCGACGCCGGAAACGACCCCGGCACCUUCGUCAUUGUCCGCCGACGACGCGAGCUCGCCGGGAGAGGAUCCGGCCGACGCUGCGCCGCCGGCCUGCGAUGGAGAACGCGCGGGGACGUCGGCGGCGGCCGAGUGGAACUCGCUGCCAGUCCUGGUAGAGCGUCUGCGGACAGUGCUAGAGCACUCUUUGACGUCGGGCAGCGAGCAGCCGGCUCGGCCGGUGCCCGAGGACUCCGGGGUCGACUCGGAGGAGGACCAGCGUCUGCGAAACUCCAUGGAACGCGUGCUGGUGGACUGCAAGGGGCCCGAGCUGAGGAAGGACCUGAAGUUCCUGGAGGACCUGCUCUUGUCCGACAUCCAGACCGCCCUAUCGCGGCUGCGCGAGACCCUGGAGCGGAUCGACGUAGCAGCACUAGCUAGAAACGGCGCUGCUUCCGACCCAAGUAGCAAAUUGCACCUGCUGAAGCUGGUCUCGAGUCUGUUGUCCAGGCUGCAGGUGACCGAGGAGCCAACCGAGAAGCCAGCGGUGUUGCCUUCCACUUCUCUGAGCAGGAGACGCAGAGGCACGAGACACACCAUCGGCGUGUCCGCGGAGGAGCUGGCCAAAGCUAGGAAGUGGCUGGAGGAGGAGAGGACGGGCUGCUCGUACGUCGAGGACGCGCCCUCGAAGGACAAGGAACAAGCCAACGAGGCCAGCUUGGAGAAGAAGCCCGAGGAGGUUCGCGACAAGUGCGUGAAGGACGCUAUCAACCAGCGGCAGGUGCUGGAGGACAAGAACAAGGAGAUCAGGGAGAGCUACAAGGUGGCCCAGCCCGAGGACGCUAAGCAGAGCGAGGGUAUGAUUCAGUACAACUACCCGGAGAGUGAGAGUGCUGCGAGCAACGAGAGUGACGACAGAAGUCGCGUGAGCAAGCUGGCAGCGGCGCUCAGGCAGCGAGCGGAGCUGGCGGGCAGCAGGUACCCGGCCGCUAACAAGUUCACCGCGAAGAAGACGAAGAUCAAGCGGGCGAACACUAUUGAUAUACCCAGCUACCUGAAGCUGCAGGCCGAGAGCCUCGGCCGCGAGAACUCCGGCUGCGUCUCUCUGCGCAGGCCGAUCAACGUCGGCGACAAGGCCGGUUUGAGUCCUGGCACCGCGGUGCCGACGCUGCAGCCGAAGACGGAGAACGACAGGAAGUUCCUGGCGCUGAUCAACAGGAACGAGGCGCCGGCGAACGCGGCGGCCCCGUACAAGCCGUUCGGCUUCGCCAAGAUGGACGCCUCGCUGGCGAACAAGAACUGGAACAGCAGGUUCUCCAACAUCAAGACGACCUUCGACAAGCCGACCGGCAACGAGGACAGGGAGAACAGGCCGUCGCUGAAGGACAGAGCGAACAAGAUGUUCCCCGGGACCGCGCAGACGCAGGUUUACGGAGCGGAGUCGGACUCCAGGAGCUACGGCUCCACGGUGAAGGACACCGGUGGCUUCCGGCACGCGCCGUCUUCGCCGUUCAAGAAGAUCGAGAAGUCGCCGGUGUCGCCGUUCAAGAAGACGGAGAAGUCCGCCGCGUCGUCGAAGGUCCCUCCGUCGUACCACUGGCCGAAGGCCGCGCCGGUGCCGACGAACACGCUGAAGGAGAAGGCGAGGAUGAUGUUCGACAAGGAGACGCCGGCGAAGCCGAGGAUCGAGGACCAGGAGAAGUCCGCGUUCCCGAAGCCGCCGUGGCUCGAGAAGACGAACGGCACGAUCACGGAGAACGGCCGCAUCGACUACAAGUCGUUCUGCAAGCAGUUCGCGCCGUUCGUCGGGAAGAGCACCGUCGACGCGAGGAAGUUCGAGAGCCAGAGGCUGCCCGGCGUGGUGGACGGCAAGAUCUCCUUCAAGAUCCCCGAGAAGCAGAGCCCUCGGAUCCAUCAGCAGCCGGACCGCCGGGAGAGCGCCAAGGAGAAGUUCGCUCCCAGAAGCGCGUUCGAGGCGAUCAAGGCGAGAGCGUUCGAGAAUCAGAAGCCCCGCUACCCGGACGCUACGUUGAGAGGUAGCUCUUCGGUGGCAGUGCAGACCGGAGCCAACGAGGACCAGGACGAAGGACGGUCGUUCAAAGUGGCGCCGAAGAUCUCCAAGGGAUCUACGGCUUGCAGCAACGCGUCCGUGCAGACGACCGAUCUGGAGAAGCCGAGAGCGGCCAACGACGCGGACGUUAACACCAACCUGGAGAGCACCGUUUACCAUCCUGAUCCUCAGAGGUUCGUGCUGGACCACAACCAGAACUAUCGCACGGUUCCAGACGCGUUGAGUCCUCGGCAAGCCAACGACCACCGGAGCGUGCACCAGGAGGCUAGCCAGAGCUACCAGAAGCAGCCUGGAGUCGCAGACCCGAGGUACGAAGGUUUCCAGCGUAUAGAGGAUCACGGGAACGUGGAGGAUCAUUCCUUCGUGUCUGACGACCAGCCGGAAGUACCGGAGAAAGCCGACUGGCCCGUGGAAGGCUCGACGUUCCUGGACGACCAGAACAUCCAGAACCAGGACAUCAGCUCGGACACCGGCGUGGUGACGCGCUACACCUGCGCGAUCGCCACGGUCGCCUCGUCCGUCGACAGCCCCGAGCCCCGCUCCGAGGAGAUGCUGGUCGACUCGCGAGCCUCCUCGACGCCGUCCCCGUCGCAGUGGUCCUCCAGGUCCAGGCCAGCCACCAGCGAGACCGCCACGCCCGAGGACGAGAUCCGCAGACACAACCUGCUGCAGCAGAGCCUGGUCCGGCGCCUGCAGAACGAGAUCACGUCCUUGAACGACGAGCCGCCGCACCCCUCCGUGAGUCCGAGUCAGUUCAAGCAUCAGCCCUCGAGCCAACCGGACAACUACGCGAACCAGUUCAAGCCUCUCACUCAGCCAUCCAGCCAACCGGAGAGUUACCCGGGCCAGCAGAGCUUCGACCAGCCCAGCUUCAGCCCGCCGAGUGUCCUGCCUCAGGCCUUCAAUCAGCUCUCGAACCAGAAUCGACCGGCUCCGAGUCACAGCGGUCAGGCCUUCAACCAACCAGCGAACUUCGACCGCCCGCCGGGCCCUGUGGCGUCCAAGUACGGGAAGUACCUGACCCCGGUGCCCCAGAAGAAACCCGAGAGGGCUCACUCUCCGGGUCCGGUCACCGCGAACCGGGUCGGCGCGCUGAGAGAGGCCUACGAGCUGUCGCCUAAUAGUCCGCCGAAGCCGAUCCAGAAGGAACGCUCGCCGAUACCGAACGGCGUGGCCAUCGACUCCAGCGACGAGUACCUGGUCUCCUGCGCGAACAAACCGUCCAGGUCCAUCGUGCUGUCGAAGUCGGAGUCCUGGCACCAGCUGGCUCUGUCCAAUAGCUACCCCCGUGCUCCCAAAGUGAACGCUCCUGUAGCUACGCCGUCGAAGCUGCCGUCGCACCCCAAGCCGCCUAAACCGAGGUCGCCGUCGUCUCAGAAGCUGCGGUCCAAGCAGUUCGAGGCGUCCUCGAUGGCCGACAGCGUGAAGAAGAUGGAGGACAAGAUCAGACAGUACUUCGACAGCCCUGCAGAGCCUGUUGAUACGAAGGACCAUAAGAAUCGGCGGUCGCCUAGGAUGCUGCAGAAAACCAUGGUGGGCCUGUCCCGGAGCCGCACGAUGACGGGGAUCCCCGACGAGAGGCUGAGACUGGUGAUACCCAGCGAGCAGGCGCCGCUGUUGAACGUGAACACCGCGGAUGUCGACAAGGUGUUCGACGACCUGUUCGAAGAGGCGACCAGGAACGAUGUCCGCCAUCAAUGCUGACCGAGGGUCGUUCUGUCGUCCCCGACUUGCCGGGGAAUCAGCCGCGAUUACCUUGGCUGGGACCGUUCCGCUUGGUCCAGCCGGUCGCUCCUUGAAGAUGAUGAUGCUGAUGAUGAUGAUGAAGAUGAUGAUGAUGAGGAUGAUGAUGAGGAUGUUAACGAUGGUGAUAGUAACGAUGUCGAAGAGGAAGAAUCGUUCGGCAACGAGCGUCGCGAAGUAUCUUCCUCCUCCCUCCCGUGUGUCUAGUCUCUUAGUUCCUCUGUCGCGUUGUGAAACGUUCGCCGCGAGAACCGAGUGCCAUAGACGUGACUGUACAGAACGGAGGAGAUGCUAGAAUUAAGGGACUGAGAUAUUCUUGGCGAAGGGACCGGGACGAGAGGAACCGCGCGCCGGGAUCCGGCGGGCGGAGAAUCGAGAGAGGCGUU